AUGUGCGGCAUCACGGCUAGCAUUGGCCUUGCGACGCAGACUCCCCCGGAUACACAACACACAUUGUCGUUGUCGUCGUCUUGCACAAACGGACAUGCAGGCAACGCGUCCCAUCAUGGCAAUGGGGACGCACGUGGUGAGCAUGGCGUCAAUGGGCAUGCCAAAACCAACGGCGUCAACGGCCAUGCCAAAGCCAACGGUAUCAACGGCCACGUGCAAACCACCGAUUUCGCAAAAGGAUACGCCGCGGGCUACGCCGCGGGAUACGAGACUGCGCGCGCAGCAAGAGACCCCGAUAACACGGUGCUCGCAGCUAAACUCCAGGCUUCCAUCGAUGCAAUCAACCACCGCGGGCCAGACGAGUCGGGCAUGUGGAUAAGCGACGACGGACGCGUAGCACUGGGCCACUGCCGGCUUUCCAUCAAUGAUCUCUCGCCGUCGGGACGCCAGCCGCUGCAUAGUGACUGCAGCGAGCUGCAUGCCAUUGUCAACGGCGAGAUUUACGAUCACGAUCGCCUGCGGGCGGAAUGCACGGCGCAGCAUGGGUACCAGUUUAGCAGCGAGAGCGACAGCGAGUUGGUGCUUGCGCUGUACAAGAUCCACGGUGCGCCCGGGCUGUUUGAGCAUCUGCGCGGUGAAUUCGCUUUUGUGCUGUUUGACGGGCGCGAGGGGCGUCGCCGCGUGAUUGCUGGCCGUGAUCGCUUCGGCAUCAAGCCCAUGGUGUGGACUGUCGUCAAGGACCGCUUGCUGCUGGCGGCCGAGGCAAAGGCUUUCGUCCCGCUGGGCUGGGAGCCCGAAUGGGAUGUUCAGGCUAUUGUCGACAGCGGCUGGAUGAUGGACGACCGCACGCUGUUCAAGGGCGUGCACAAGCUGCUGCCGGGCCACUGGAUGGAGAUUACGGAUGAGCGAGGCAUCGAGACGCACAAGUACUGGGAUGCAGAGUACGAGGACAAGACCAAAGUCGAGACGAGGACAAUCGAUGAGAUGGUCCUGGGCGUACGUGAGCGCCUCGUCGAAUCCAUUCGCCUGAGGCUGAGGGCCGAUGUGCCCGUCGGUGUCUAUCUGUCCGGCGGCAUUGACUCGUCUGCCGUGGCGGGCAUCGUGACGCAGCUGGCGCGCGAGGAGCACAUCAAGAUUGGAAGCUCCAAGGCGACGCGAGUUGCAUGCUUCAGUGUGCGCUUCCCCGAGGAGUCCGGCUACGAUGAAUCCAGCAUCGCCGAGCGCACGGCAAAGUGGCUGGGCGUCGAGGUGCUCAAGAAAGACGUCACUGAAGAGACGCUCGCUCUCGACUUUGCCGAUACCGCGUACCACUGCGAGCACCACCAUUUCGAUCUCAACUGCGUGGCCAAGUUCGCCCUCUCCCAGCUCCCCCGCGAGAACGGCGUCAAGGUAGUUCUCACGGGCGAGGGCGCCGACGAGCACUUCGCUGGGUACCCCUAUUUCCCAGCAGAGUUUCUGCGAGAAGCCGACCUGGCUCUCCCCGACUCGCCUCUUGCCCUCGACCACGAGCUGCGCGAGAGCAUGCAGCGCGCCGCCGACAACGAGAUGCGCUCCAUCUGGCGCCACAUUGGCGCAAACACGUACGCCGCCGAGGGCAGCAGCUUUGCCGACUCGCUGCUGGCAUGGCACCCGACGCUGCAGCUGUUUGCGCCGUGGGUGCGCGAGCAGAACGCCGACCUCGACUGCCGCACCGUCCUGCACGCCUCGCACGCGCCCGACGUCCAGGAGAAGAUGCGCAACCGCUGGCACCCUCUGCACACGGCCCAGUACAUGUGGAAUAAGAAUUCGCUGGCAAACGUGCUGCUGUCGUGUCUGGGCGAUCGCACCGAGAUGGCACACAGCAUCGAGGCGCGAACCCCCUUCCUCGACCACCACCUGGCCGAGUAUGUCAACUCGCUGCCCCCUAGCGUGAAGCUCGCAUACACUCCCCCGUCCAGCGAGGAGGUCAACGGCGCCGACCACGGGCCCGUGUGGAAGGCUUCGGGCAAGGCGCUGCAGUCACUGACGGCCAAGUGGAUUCUGCGAGAGGCCGUCAGGCCCUACAUUACUGAUGAGCUGUACCGCCGCAAGAAGCAUCCCUUCCUUGCCCCGACCAAGUGGCCUCGUGGCGGGCCGCUCCAUCGUAUGUUUGAAAAGCUCCUGACUCGCGAGGCGGUUGAACAGCUGGGCUUUGUCGACUAUGCGGUUGUUGCCAAUGCGCUGCGUGACGGCUUUGGUGACGAUGCCAAUUCCAACACUUUCAGGACUCUAGCCUAUGUUGGUGCAUGGGUCACUCUAUCCAAGAGAUUUGGCGUCAAGAAGGCUGUGCUGCAUUGA